AUGGACAAACCAGGUAAUACUUUUGGGAGAUCCAAAGUACUUCAUCUCUUUCCAAACCCUGAAAAUGAGGUUGAGAGAUUUCGCCGGUGGGUCAGCAUCAUUGGUGGAGAUAUUUUAGGACUUAGUAAUGAAGAUAUCUUCAAACAUCGGCGAGUUUGUCAUUCUCAUUUUGAGGAGAAAUAUUGUUGCCGUAACAACAGAAUUUCUAGCAUAGCAGUACCAACUUUACUUAUUCCAGGGCCAUUAUUUUUUAGACAGUUACCAACCAGCCCUUUAAGGAAAAUACAACAUAUGCCAACUACUUCGCAAGCACAAAAUUUACCUGCAAAGGAUUUACCAACCCAAAAAACCGAUAUUCAAUAUGCGCCACCAGUUAUAGCAGCCGAGGAACAGGAAACAGAAUCAACAUGUAGACAGGUUAAAAAUAAGGAAUACUGGAAGUUAAAGCUGAAGCAUAUCCUCCACAACUCCCAGUUCUGUGGAGUCUGUUUGGAGGCUGACGUCGACAUGAACGCCCUCACCGAUGAGUUUGAGAUCAGUGAUGAUGAAAGGACUUAUAGGAGAUCUCUAAGAGAUAUUGUAGAUAAGAUUUUUAGAGAGUGUGGAUAUUGCCCGGCUAACUCACAAAUAUGCAACAAUUGUACAAAGAAACUAAUUCAGUCCUAUAUAUUUAUACACAAUGCUGAAGAGACAUCGAAAAUGCUGGAUCGUCACUUGGAUGAACUGUAUACUAAAACUUGCUAUGUACGAAACAAUUCUCUGAAAGAUGCCAACAAUACACAUUCAAGGAUAUACAACGUUGUUAUUGCAUUAGACAAUAGAGAGAUUGCCGAGAACUUUGAAAGUAGUCAAAUUAAAAUAGAACUACCAGAAAAGCCAGAGUCACACCAAAAUCAAAAUGAACGGAUUCGUGACAAACGAAAGCUAAGAACUGUGCAGGAUGGUGAACUGUUGCAACAUUUGAAAACGCGCCACAAACACUCGAUACACUUAUGUACGACAUGUAAUGUCGCAUUUUACUCCGCCAAGGCUCUAGGAAGACAUAUAAAGGAAUGUCAUCGUGGAGAGGAUUCUAAAUGUGUGACGUGUCUGCAGAGUUUGACGCAAGUAGAGUUGGAGCGGCACCAGUGCAGGUUCAAGUGUCCGGAGUGUGAGGAGGCGCCUUGUAUCCAUCACCGGCAUCUGAUGUGGUACAGAGAGCAGAUGGCGAACCUCGCCCCCAGAGCCAAGUGUGCGGAGUGUCGCUACGUGUGUACAAGUAAGGACGCGCUCGUCGCGCACGUCAACAGACAACAUUUGAGUCUCCAGCCUCACCGCUGUGCCAGCUGCGGACACGAGUUCUAUUGUGAGUCUCAUUUAAAUAAACAUAUUUGUACACCUGAGAAAGUCAACGAAGACCUCCACAUUUGUCAAUAUUGUGAUAAAGCAUUUAGCAGUUUGUAUAUUUGUAAACGACAUGAAAAAGGGUGUGAAGGCGUGCAAAGGAAGUAUCAGUGCGAUGAUUGUCCAGCUACUUUUGAUUCCUCAAAAGAUCACAUGAAACAUAGAAAACUUAAGCACGGUAAAGAGGUUGCUUGA